UCCGGUAGCGCGGAGCUUGUAAAACACCCUGGAGAGAAAAUGGCGGCGGCGGCGGCGGCUUCGGCGCCUCAGCAGCUCUCGGACGAGGAGCUUUUCUCUCAGCUCCGCCGUUACGGCCUGUCUCCCGGCCCCGUGACGGAGAGCACCCGCCCGGUCUACCUCAAGAAGCUGAAGAAGCUUCGAGAGGAAGAGCAGCAGCAGCAGCAGCAGCACCGGUCCGGGGGCCGCGGCCACAAGACGCGGAACAGUAAUAACAAUAACACGGCAGCCGCCUCGGUCGCCGCCACGGGACCGGCUCCGGCGGGGGCCGUUGGGAUGGGGGUCCGGCCGGUGUCGGGAGACCUCGCCCACUUUCGGACUCCUGGGGGCCUGGGCAGAGUGUCGGCCUCCGGCCCCGAGAACCCCUUGGGAGGGCCCGGGGGCGCCUCGGCCGCCCCCACGGCCGGCAGCAAAGUGCUGCUGGGCUUCAGCUCGGACGAGUCGGACGUGGAGGUGAGCCCGCGGGACCAGGCCGGCGGCGGCGGCGGCGGCGGGAGGAGAGACCGGGCUGCGCUCCAGUUCCGCGGGCUCAAACCGCCGUCGGCGUCCCUGGCCAGCGGCGAGGUGACUAACAGCCCCGCGGCCGAGCGGAGGAAGCCCCACGCGUGGUGGGGGGCGCGGAGGCCGGCGGCCCCGGAGCUGCCGCCCCCGUCGGGGAGAGACCGAGCGGCGCGGGACGGGGACGACGAGGGCGAAGACCGGGAGGACAGGGACCCGGAGGCCGGCGAGGCGCUGUGGUCGAGCCGCACCGUGAAUGGCAGCCGGCUCCUCGCCUACAGCUGCCGGGAAAACUACUCGGACUCGGAGGAAGAGGAGGACGUCGACGUGGCCUCCGGCCGGCAGGUACCGAAGGACGACUCCCUCCCCCGGCCCCGGCCCCGGCGGAGCCACGGUAAGCCUCUCCCGCCGCAGUCGGCGAGAUCGGCCGGCGGCCGGCCGGAGCCCGCGGUCCCGGGAGGGGGAGGAAUCCCGAUGAAUGACAGGGCGGCGGCCGCGGGGAGUCUAGACAGAAGUCGAAACCUCGAGGAGUCCGCGGCGGCGGGACAGGGAGGGGCGUGUGAGGCGCUGGACUCCAGCCCGGUUCCUCGAUACCGUGUGAACGCCAAGAAGCUGGCCCCGCUCCCGGCCCCGCCGCUCACCGACAUGGACGCCACCCUGGACUCGUCCGCAGGCUCCCUGCUCAAAACCAAUAAUCAUAUCGGCGGCGGCGGCGCCCUCGGGGUGGACUCCUCCAGGAUUUUCCCCAACAGCCUCCCUCCCAGUGCGGCGGUGGCCGCCCCGGGUUCACUCAGGAUCAAUCACUCCAAUCACACGGGCGCCAAUCACACCUACCUGCAGAACGCGUACGGCAAGCCGAAGCUCUCCGAGCCCGAGGAGGAACUUCUCCAGCAAUUUAAACGGGAGGAGGUGUCCCCCACCGGGGGUUUCAGUGCCCACUACUUGUCGAUGUUUCUCUUAACUGCUGCCUGCUUGUUUUUCCUAAUUUUGGGACUGACUUACCUAGGAAUGAGAGGAACCAGCGUAUCCGAGGAUGGAGGACUCAGCAUAAAAAACCCCUUUGAUGAAACAUUUGGAACAAUACAAGAAAAUGAAAAAAAUCUUAUGAUGAACACUUUAUACAAGCUUCAUGAUCGAUUGGCACAGCUUGCAGGAGAUCAUGAAUGUGGCAGUUCUAGUCAGAGAACACUUUCUGUACAAGAGGCAGCUGCAUAUUUAAAAAAUUUAGGUCCUGAAUAUGAAAAUAUGUUUAACAUGUCAUUACAGUGGAUUUUUGAAAAUGGAAAAGAUGUUGGAAUAAGGUGUGUUGGCUAUGGCCCUGACGAACAAUUGACAAAUGUAACUGAUGUGCAGUUUUUACAAUCCACAAGACCACUAAUGUCUUUUUGGUGUCGUUUUCGGCGCGCUUUUAUUACUGUCACCCACAGGUUAUUGUUGUUAUGUUUAGGUGUAGUGAUGGUUUGUGUUGUUCUGCGUUACAUGAAAUAUCGCUGGACAAAAGAGGAAGAGGAAACAAGACAGAUGUAUGAUAUGGUGAUAAAGAUUAUAGAUGUUUUACGAAGUCAUAAUGAAGCUUGCCAGGAAAACAAAGAUUUACAACCUUUCAUGCCUAUUCCACAUGUUCGAGAUUCCUUAAUACUGCCUCAUGACAGGAAAAGAAUGAAGAAAGUCUGGGAUAGAGCCGUUGACUUCCUUGCUGCUAACGAGUCUAGAGUUCGUACAGAAACACGAAGAAUAGGUGGUACAGAUUUUCUAGUUUGGCGGUGGAUCCAGCCUUCUGCAUCCUGUGACAAAAUAUUAGUAAUACCUUCAAAAGUAUGGCAAGGUCAAGCAUUUCAUUUAGAUAGAAGAAAUUCACCACCAAAUAGUUUGACGCCGUGUCUCAAGAUUCGAAAUAUGUUUGAUCCAGUUAUGGAAAUAGGGGAUCAGUGGCAUUUGGCAAUUCAAGAAGCAAUUUUAGAAAAAUGCAGUGAUAAUGAUGGCAUUGUUCAUAUUGCAGUAGACAAAAAUUCACGUGAGGGUUGUGUAUAUGUUAAAUGUCUGUCUCCAGAAUAUGCUGGGAAAGCUUUUAAGGCAUUGCAUGGCUCUUGGUUUGAUGGGAAAUUGGUUACAGUAAAAUAUUUACGACUAGAUAGAUAUCACCAUCGCUUUCCCCACGCUCUUACUUGCAACACUCCCUUGAAGCCAUCAAAUAAACAUAUGAACUCUAUGUCUCAUCUUCGUCUGCGGACUGGCUUAGCCAAUUCUCAAGGAGGUUCCUGAAAAGACUUUCUUCCACUCCUAGAACUGUUAUUUACAAUAGAAAAAUUCCAGUUUGGUUUCUUGUCUUCCUUUUUAAAUGCUUUUUGUAUGUAAUAUUUUUAUUGAAUACAGCUCUAUUUGAACGUUCCAGAAAUCUUAAGGUUCCAAAGGGACUUAGCAAUGAGGCAGCAAUGCUGAGUGGGUAAAUAAUUGUUUCAUUCAGUUUUUUGGAGCUCAUUUAAGCCAAUGCAUUUAAAGUUUUGCAUGAGGAACAUUGGCUUUAUUACAUAUUUUCAGAUGUGGUGGUGGUAUUUUUGCACCAAAAAGUGUUUUGAUAAUCACACAAAAGCAUGGUAAAGAGACUUGUAUUUCCAUAAUUUCCUGUGAACUAAUGUUGUGAAUUCUUGUAUACAGUAACCUGUAUAGAUCCUUACAGGCUAAUGUGAUAAAACUGUUCAUUUUCCAAUUUAACCUUAGGUUUCUAUUGCUUGUAAGAGAUUCAUUUGCUACAGCUGGAAUAUGGGAAAACUAAUUUGGAUUUAGUGGUUACAUAUAAGUAUAAUUGGAUGUACAUGUACUUAAACUGGCUUUUCUAUAUAUGUAUAAUUGCUGGUGGUGGCAAAAGUAGUCUUGUUUUGUGAGGUUGUCUGCAUUAAAGCAGUAAAAUAAGCUUUCUAUUUUAUUCAUAAUCUAAAAUGUAUAUAUAUGUAUAUGUAUAUAUGUGUGUAUGUGUAUAUAUAUAUAUAUAUAUAUGUAUGUGUGUAUGUGUAUAUACACACACACAUAUAUACAUAUGGCUGUACUAUCACAUAGAUCAAACAGCCAAAACCCCGGAAGUAUUAGAUACAAGUUUCAAAUAUCUUUUAUAGGUUUUAUAUAAAAAUGUCUUGAGUAUGAUUUUGUGUGAAAGUUUCGAUACCAGUUGUAAUGGUUUCAAAUUUAUGUGAGCAAUAAAGAAGCAAUUGGCGGAUAUUGGAAAAGUAUUUUGUGAAAAGCUGUAUUUAUUAUAAAUGCUAGGGCUACGAUAUAGUACCAUUGGGAUUAAGUCAUUUUCCCAAUCUAUUUAUAACUUAAUAAAAUAUUAGCUCCCCUGUUAUAUGUCAAGUUUAAAGCAGGGCACAUUGUUUCAGCAAAAUGUGUAUCUGAAAAAUUAUAUCUACAGUUUUGGGUCAUGAAACGUUUGCAAUAUAGUAAAUGCACGAGUGACCAUUGCUUUGUGCCUCGAUAUUUACUUUGUUUCAGUAAAGUUACUUUAUUACUGUUUUUGAUUUCAGAUUAAAAUAGUUGUGGAGCAAAGUUUACUUGUAAUGUCCACAACUGGCUUUUUAUUCCUUUUUGUUUUUUAAGUAACCUGUUGAUAUAUCAUUGUCAGUCCAAAUGAAUAUGUGAAACAGCUGAAGGUUGUACCGAUUUUUAUUUUGUUUAAAGCUCAGUUUCCUUUUUGGUUUUUAUUGUAUAUGUGUUGGGUUUGCAGCAUGCACUUGCACAGAUAAUGCACGUUUUCUGGUGAAGUAAACAUGAUGCACACUGUUCUGUAACAGAAAACCCUAUUGUGCCUUACCUAUGUGCUUUUGUGGGCACCAUGUUUAUGAAGAAUAAAAAUGAUUUGUUAUCUGAAGAGAAUAAAUUUUAAAUUCUCAGUUUAUGUCUCAGAUGCUAACGUGUGAAAAUAUAAAUAUAUAUAAUAUAUAAAAUAACCAUUUUAUGUGCAUCAUAGUGAUUUAUCUGAGCUUAGUGACCCCAUCUUGUGACCUGUUGCAAGAGUGAAUGUAAAAAUAGUUGUGGCAUUUUAAAGGGUAGCAUUUUGAUGCAGAUACAUCUUUAUCUUGCUUCUAAAACAUAUUUCAUGUAAACAUUGUACACUUAUUAUUGUAAUAUAUACUAUUAUGCAGCUUAUUUUACCUGAAACUGUUAAGCUGACCAAGAUCCCUUCCCUGCAAGACAGAUGGGAAUGUGUAUAAUAACUAGAUAUUUGAGAAGUUCUGAAGUUUGAUGUAAUCUGUUACUUGUCCUGUUACAAAAAAAGGAAAAAAUUAAAAAUUUAUUAGGUUUUUUUU